AUGGGUGGCGGGAGCCGAUUUCUGAAGAAGACUUCCAAAGAUGCCACUGGUGAUAGACGUUCAUCUGCUCCUACAGGAAGUCCUGCUGGAACAGAUGAAUUUAGGUUCAUACCUCAACGUGGUUUGCAAAGCGCGGCUUUGAGUAGACUAGCCUUCAUCGAGAACCACAUCAGAAACCAGAAAAACUUCAAAAUGAAUGUAAUGACACUGGAUGAUCUCGCCCCUAUACCUUUUGAAGCAGCUGCAAUCUCACAAGAAAAGACCAGAACAGAAGAUAGUAACAAGAAGUCAUCCAACAACAUCUCAAAGGUUGCUUCACCACCCACACCGGAAGAUGCCUUGGCUGCCUACAAAAGCGAUUUUGAGAGCGAGAUCCCAUCUGAGAUGCCACAGAGCACCGGUGAGAUCUCCAGACGUCUCACAGAUAAAAACACAGAUGCCUCAAUGAUCAGCGAGGCCCAGCACAGCACAUACAAAUCCCAGGAUGAAGACGACGAUGACCAUACUUUAUCUCAAUCAUCGUCAUCCAGUCGCCACUCAGGCUCUUCCUUGAGGUCUAGCUCGUCCAUUGCAACAGUCACAGAUGGCCCCAGUCCUGACCGUCGUGUAAAGGAGGUUGCGGUACAGACGCAGACAGAUGGACUAACUUACACAUGGUCUUCUGGUAGGUUUACAUUAUCUGAUACUUCAGUCCAGCCAGGCUACAUUUCUUUGGGGCGUAGCUCAGGGUUAUAGUUCAAGACCACUUUGUUCUUGUUCUGAGAGAAAUGUAUA